AUGGCUUCUGCACUACCUCCGUGCGAACAGCCUCUGCUGACGCCCGAAUACCACGAUGUCAUCAUCGUCGGCGCUGGCAUCUCAGGGAUCGCUAUGGCGUGUCAGCUCAAGCGAAAGCUCAACAUCCACGAUUUCAAGAUCCUCGAACGAAGUCCCGACCCGUCUGGGACAUGGACCAACAACUCGUACCCUGGAUGUGCUUGCGACGUACCUGCUCCCGUCUACUCGUUUUCCUUCGCCACCAAAGGCGACUGGUCGACGUUCUAUCCGCAGCAGAAGGAGCUGAAGAGGUACUUUGGCACUGUAGCUGCUGAGCACGAUCUGCAGAAGAAUUUCCAUUUCCAAACCACCGUCCAGGAGGCCAGAUACGACCGCGAUACCGGACUGUGGCACAUCUGGAGUCAAGACUGGACUCGCGCCCAGCGUGAAGGGCAGCAGCAUCAUUUUGUGUGCAAGUUCUUCGUCAGCGCCGUCGGUGGAUUGUCUCAACCCAAAGCAUGUGAUAUCGAUGGACACGAAUCGUUCGCAGGACCCAUCUUUCACACUGCAGCAUGGGACCACUCGGUCGACCUCAAGGGCAAAGAUGUGAUUCUGGUCGGCAACGGCUGCUCGGCCACUCAAUGCGUACCGUACCUAGCAGAACACUCGAACAAGCUGACCCAAUUCGUUCGUUCUAAACAUUGGAUCGCUCCGCAUCCGCAUCAACCGUUCGACUCGAUUCCUGGCUUCAAGUGGUUGCUAAAACACUUUGUGUUUGUACGCAAAUUUCAACGUCUGCUGAUCUGGUUGGUGCUGGAAUCACACUUUAUCAUGAUCCUUCAGAACCCGUUAGGAAGAUUGUUCCGCUGGAGCUGGAGGAGGAAGUGCGAAGCCCACAUGAAAAAGAACGCUCCCAAGGAGUACUGGGACAUGCUUUUGCCGAACAAGGACGAGCUGAUGGUGGGUUGCAAACGUCGAAUCAUUGAUGAUGAUUACCUACCCACGUUGCGUCUGCCUCACGUCAGUGUGGUCAACGUCAAACUGGCACGCAUCGAGCCGAACCACGUUGUUCUCGCAGAUGGACGAAAGAUCAAGGCCGACGUCAUUGUCAUGGCGAACGGGUUCGAGCCGCACGCAGCCGGAGCACCGAUGAAGGUUGUCGGCGUCAACCGAACGCUGCACGAGCACUGGGAAAAGUAUGGCGAGGGCGGAAUGAUCGCCUAUCGAUCCUCGCUCAAUGCGGGCUUUCCGAACAUGGGCUCGAUCAACGCUGCCAACACAGGGACGGGCAACCAAUCGCUCAUCUUUGCUUCCGAAUGCACGGUUAACUUCCUGCUCGAAGUCGCGAAACCCAUCCUCGCUGCCCCGCGUCCGCCGACGUUUGCUAUCGAGCACAUGCCCACCACCACGUUCUCCAACGACACGCGACUACACAACUACAAGAUCCCCACUUUCGAGGUCAAACUCAAGGCUGAAUUGGACGAACAGCACUGGAUCGCCAAAUGCAUGUCCAAACUCGUCUUCACCAGCGGCUGCAAGAGCUGGUACAUCGAUGCUAAGAGCGGAAGGGUGACCAGCAUGCAGCCUGACUGGCAGAUCAACUACAUGCUCAAGGCUACCUUCCCCAAGUGGGACGAUUUCAAAUACACCGGCUUGAAAAAUGCCGGUGCCAAAGUACCGCAAUGCGUUCCCUGGUGGAAAGUGUGUGGUGACUGGCUUGGGUUGGGUCAUGUCAAGUAUGUUGAUCCCAAGGAGACCCCUCAGAUCAACCGCGCUUCUAUGGACGCCUGA